AGGAUCAGGUUAGGCAGGUCGGAUUGACAGGAAAGUAGUGGAAACAGUAUUUUGUGGGGGUUCGUAAAUGAAGGUUAAUUUCGCGGGCAACCCGGUGAAGUCUGUGGAGACGAACGAAGGCGAUGCCACAGCAGAACUGUCAACAAGAUAUCCGUAUUGGUUUACAAGUCUCGCGGUGAAUUAGCCAGGGACAAACAUGGCUCGCGUUCCGGCAGACGUGUGUUUUUCUUCGUGGUGAACCUAGAGUACCUUUUUCUCGCUUCAUCGUCGUGUUCCUUGUCUCUGUUUCGCUAGGCAGGGAUCCUCAACCUCGGGAGUGGUGAUAUUCACGCAAAAGAACGUGAAAGAGGAAUAAUGGUUCAAUCGAGAGGAAAGUAAAAUCCUGCCGUCAUCCUGGCGCGUGGAAAACCAGGCCAAAGGCCUGGAUCCUCAUCCUCCUCGUCCUCGUCCACGGAGAGGCUGCAAAGGAUGCCAGGACCAGCCCAAGAGAGGCCUCGUGCUCAAAGGCUUACCGAUAUCGAGCCUCAAACUGUAAAAGGAUUAGGAUGUAAUCGAACGGACGAUUUCAGUACACCAGUCAGUUCUGGCAGCAACAUGAGCAGUAUAGCACGGUUUCCAAAGUUGGACGAGUGUGCCCACUUUCAUUACGAACAUGUUGAACUCAGUUCCUUGGAGGUUUCGCUUAGCGAAGGUACCAAUGAUUCCGACAGCUACGCGGUCAGAGUAACAUCUGGGGAUGCAUGCUGGACGCUGCAACGAUCUUAUGAUAAUUUUGUUAUGUUUGACAAGCAAUUGCAUCGCUGCAUAUUUGACAGGAAGUUCUCUUCCUUAACAAAGCUUCCAGAUACACGGCCAAAGAACACCUGUGAUAUACUGAGGGACUAUUUGAAUAGGUUCUCGCAGUUAAAUCACGAAGGCCUAAAUUGCGGUCCUGUGUUAAAUUGGUUGCAGCUAGAUAAUAGAGGAAGAAGAAUCCUCGUGCCAGAGUCAGAUUCAUGUCCCAUUAAUACUCCCGCAGUAGCCGCGGCUUAUGCAGUUAGACCUUAUGUGGCUCAGGCACCGGAUGAAAUCUCCUUUCAGGUUGGAGACAUGAUUUCUGUAAUAGAUAUGCCUCCUCCAGGGGAAAGUACUUGGUGGCGUGGGAAGCACGGAUUUGCAGUCGGUUUUUUCCCAGCCGAAUGUGUGGCUGUGAUCGGGGAUAAAGUACCACGGCAUCUGACCGUGUCAACGACAGUUAGAUCAAAGUUACCCGUGAAACCGGUGCUUAGAAAGCACGGAAAGCUAAUCGCCUUUUUCAGAUCGUUCAUAUUGAAUAGACCGUCUAGGAGACGAUUAAAGCAGUCAGGAAUCCUGAAGGAACGUGUAUUUGGUUGUGAUUUAGGGGAACAUCUUUUAAAUUCUGGUCAAGAUGUGCCUACGGUUUUAACAUGUUGCGCUGAAUUCAUCGAGAAUCAUGGCUUAGUGGACGGUAUAUAUCGUCUAAGCGGCGUGACAUCGAACAUUCAGAGAUUACGAAACGCGUUCGACGAGGAUCGUGUUCCUGCAUUGCAUUCCGAUGAAAGUAUUUUACAAGAUAUUCAUUCUGUAGCGUCGUUGUUGAAAAUGUACUUCAGAGAACUACCGAAUCCACUCUGUACAUACCAGCUUUAUUCUACUUUCGUUAGCGCAGUUCAAGCUAGCACCGACGCGGAAAGAUUAAGGCGAAUGAGGGAUACCGUUAGAAAAUUACCACCACCGCAUUACAGAACCUUAGAGUAUCUGAUGCGUCAUUUAGUGAGAGUGGCAGCUCGAGGAGCGGAGACCGGUAUGACACCACGUAACGUUGCCAUUGUUUGGGCUCCAAACCUUCUAAGAUGCAAGGAAUUAGAGGUUGGGGGUGUAGCAGCGUUGCAGGGUGUCGGUGUGCAGGCUGUGGUCACAGAGUUUUUAGUCUGUUACGCCGAAUUAAUUUUCGGAGACGGUCCAGUUGGACGGCCGAAAUCGCUAGCUAUUACAACACCGGCGAGAUUGCUCAGUUUGGAAGAGGCUCGAAAUCGAAGCUUGAGGGGCGAGCCUGAUUACGUGGAAGUGGGCGCUGGUCCAGCCGGGUUACCAUUACAUUACCAUACGGUCAUAGAAUUACCGCGAAAGAGAAACGGCUCGAAACGUUCACCCUCAUUGAACUGGAGAGCUUUAUUCGGGCGAGGUGGCUUGGGUGCCAGAGGAAAAACAAGACAAGUUGGCACGCCACCUCAAACAGAAACGGUGCCAAGUUCCUUAAACUCCUUACGACGGUUAAGACCGGUGAAAAGCGCAGACAGCUUGGACGGUGAGGACAGUUUAGGUCCUCUGCUUGGACCACCACCAGCUAGACCUUGCGGACAUAGUCGAUCGGUUUCGCAUGAUUCGUAUUUCGAUCAUUUAGCGGACGCACCGAAUACAUCGUCGCCGUUGGAUCUGUCGGAAAUUCAGCUUAAUUUCGACUUGGAGGAACGGGAGAUGAGAAUGUUCUCGGAGGAGGAGAGUGGCGGAGUGGCGUCGGUAGAAGCGUCACCAAGACGUCAGAGGACGGAAGGAACACAAAAUACCGCUGCCACCGGUGGAUCCAAAAGAAAGAGAUCGCGAUUAGAGGAAAGACUGCAGUGCGACGUUGAGUUGCGCUUCAUUGAUAGCCAAAGUCCUGAUCAGGUGAUGGUUUCUGCAGAUGUUCACAGUAUGGAUACCCCAUCUCCUUUGCCAACACCAGGGUACCUUCCAUUAUUAUCCGAAGCUUCAACCCCACUCACACCCGCCACGCUACAUGGAACACCGCAUUCUACAUCACCUGUACCAGCUAACAGUCCUAGGAUAAGUUUUCGAAGUUUCACUUUACCUUUAGAAAUCGACGAGGAACAAAGCAACGCGAACAAACUGAACAGAACUAGCGUGUCUUCCGAUAAAUCAUCCGACCCUAGUCAUAGGUUAUCCGUAAACUUAGAAGGACAGAGUAACGCUAAGUCCUGCGAGAGGAUAAUGACAUACGACAAACAUGUAGAUUUGUACGAUGAUAAAGAGUCUUCCAAGGCUCAAAAGACUUCGAAGGAAUCGAACCUAGUUGUAUCAGACGUAGUCGACCAAGACAUGACACCUUGCGACAGGUUAAUGUCUCAUCCUAGCGAGAUAGAAUCUAGUAAAGUAACCAUGUCUCCGUGUAAAGACGUAGAAAAUAGAUCGAGCUCCUGUUCCGUUGACGAUAAUAAAUCUCACAGUGACAACAGAGACACGUUGGACGUGAGAAAACACGAUGCAUCGACCAACAAAUCGAUCGGUUCGCAGCACGACGAUGCCAUGGCUGGAAAUUCAGACGCACACAGAAACGACUUGCCAGGAUUGCCACUAUCUAGCGCCACCGAUCUAGAUUCUCCGAUGUCAUGCGAGCAGACUAUCGAGGACUUGCCCGAUUCCGGUUUUGUGAUUUGUGAUAACUCUGACAAGAUAUUCACCAACACAGAAACGUCACAGAUGAUAUCGAAUACCAACGAUUCUGGCGAAUGGGUGAUAGUCGAGACUACGGGCUCGAUCACGACACCGACGAGCGAGUCGAGCAGUUCGAAGGAUCCUUUGGAAGGCACCGUGAAUAACGCGAUCGCGACUGAUGCACCGCAACUGAGAUCCAUGUCGGAGAACGUUUCCAGAACCUCCUUGGAUCUUACUAUGGGCUCGACAGUAGACACAGACACAUCGUGCAUUGGUGUCAGUGAUUUAACCGAAAGUCCCGUUCUUCCUCAAGAAUCUGCCGAGAUGACAUUUGACGUUGCCGACAACAGAGACCUCGAGGAACACGACGCCACCGCGCAGAGGACUUCUAGAGCUUUCGAGGACCAAACGAGUUUCGGGAUGGUCAAUUCUGGCAAUAAUUAUUCAAACAUCGUUCACUCGCCCAUACAUGAUCAGGAUAAUGGAAAUCAGAAAAUUCGCACCGUUAGUAUGACGGACAUUCGUAUGAAUCAGAAAUCUAGCGAAAUGGAGCACGAAGUCACCGCCUGCUAUUCGCAACUAGACAACACCGAAGCCUUCAACAGAAACGAGAAUCCAGCAAAGAAAGAAGCUGUGGUAGAAGAGAAGACUUUCGAAAGCUCUCAACGCUCUUCGAAAAGCCACUCAGACUUUCAGCAGAAAGAAAUUCGACGUUCUUUGCAGCUACAUCAGAAGCCACAAUUCCAAGCAAGCGACCGCCGUUCGUUCUCUAAUCAAUCAAAGAAGAGCCAGGAUCUGGAUCUAUCCUUGGCCAAUACGGAUAAUAAACAACGCAGCCAGAGUCAAAAGCCAGAAAAGUGCCAAAGCUUCGAAUACGUUUCACCAAAGGAAUCAGAUCAGAACAGUCAGCAACACAAACAGUUCCCUACACGUACUGAGGACCCUUCUAAAUGUAACAACGUAAAGAACAGUCAACUGCAAGAGCACAUAGAAGUAGUAAUACCAUCGGAAAAUGCUGCCGAGCCCAGUGAAAUAGCCCAUCCCCCGGAAGGUGCAUCCGAACCAACGUCUUUAAACUCAUCUUGUACCUUCUCGAAUGCAUCUUCUCCAGUGGAUGAUUCUAUCGUUCUUCGAGAUACAGCCGCUAUACUUCAAGAGUUAGCGUUGCAAAGAUUAUCUGGAGGCAUUGUGGGUGACUUGUCUGUUCCUCCGCGAAGAAGAUACGAAACGGAGAAUAAUAAAGAUAGAAGAAGCUUCGAUUCUGAGAUCGGUAGGGAGAUAGUUCGUGAAAGAAAGAUGAGGCAGGAACUGGACUCUGCUCGGGGAAAAUCGGAAGAGCCACCGGUGAAUAAUACUCAACAUCUGCCGCCAUGUUUGAGAGCUCGUCACGCAAGAGCGACACGAGCGUCUCUUAGUAGAUCGUUAGACGAGGCAAAGUUUAACAAAAUGUCGGAGGAAGCUUCUCUACCUGUGAAACAGGCUACGGAGGACGCACAGCACAGUUCCACACCUAACGUUGGAACAGGAUCGUCGAACAGUUCCUCGGCUAACUCCGAUAAAACGCAUCUAAAGAACCUAGGUGGUUUAGAUUUGGGCGAUCCCCAGUGCAGAGAAAGGAUAGAAAAGUACAAAGAAGAGAGGAGAACGUUCUUAAGGGACAAGUACAGAUCGGAGAGUUUUCGAGGGAUGUUGUCGAAGACAGAAGACGAUGGGGAGCAGGCGCUUUUGGCUAGGCUAAAACAGAGAGCCACUAGACCCUCCCUUCAUUGAUAUUAAAGUAAUAUUUAUGGAAACGUUUUGACAAAUUUCCCCCCGCGUUGAAUAAUUGAAUUAAUUGCCUCUGCAAUCGCGUCAUGCGAUCAAAUAUGAUGUAUUCUAGUGAACUGUUCAUUGUAACGAUCAUUGCGUCUAACCCUUUGCUCUCAACGUUUGUUCGAACAUUUUUGAUGUGUCCUUUUUAUUUGUUUUUUUUUUUUUUUUUUCUAGAUUCCUGUGUUAAAUAUGGAUACUAUAGGACAAGAGUAUGAUAAGCUAAAUUUUUUUUUUACAGAGAAACAGGUUUUAAGAUCAAAUACGUUGUUAAUCAAUCUCACAUUGUAGGAAUUGUGUUUUCAUUUGUUUUGAAGUUUUUCAGUCAAUAGUUCUUAAAAUUAAACAAAAAUAAUACUCCUUAUAAUAUUGAGAUAUUAUGCGAAUAUCGAAAAUAUUGAAAUAUCGCUUGUCUUAAAAAUUACGCCUCUUAGAAGCCAUCUGAUCGACUCUAUCUUUUAAACAACAGCAAACACCAAGAUAAAUUUAAGAAAUGGCUUCUGCAGAACCAUUGUUUUCUGCUCUUUCUUCAUUUAUGAAAUUAAUCAAUAUGACUUCUGAACGACUCGAUCAUACUUAUGCUGAAGGAUUCAGCUGUUAUUAAAAGACUCAUUUUUGGACCUAACAGGCUUUCAGGCUGUUUCUAUUUUUAAUUGUCUCAUUGUAAAAUCCUCCUAUUUAAGCAUGAAGUAAUACCAAAAUUAGCAAAGAUGAGAGAUGUGCUUAUCAUUGAUUUCUCCUGAUUUCCAUACGAGAACGAGUAUUUAAUUUUAGUUUGAAUAAUUAUUCUAUACGAGAGGAAGCGAAUCUCAGUAUUUUAUGAUAUGUUUAUCGUAGGUGAUAGGAAAUCGACUAAAUUGUAAUUUUAAAUCGAAAAAUCGAUGGUCCAAUUUCAAUGAACGUAUGUACGAUCAAGUUUUGAAUGCUAAAUACGUGUAGCAACACGCAGCGGAGAUCAUUGGACGUUCUGCCAUGUUUUCUUUUCCUUUUUUAAAGUAUUAUCGUAUACGUUUAAUUAGUAAUAUAGAAUUUUGUUUAAGAGGCGCUGUAUUUAUGUUCUUCUGCGCCCUAGAUUAGUCGAGUGUGAAGGGUUAAAGGCGUGGAAUUUAACGAAGUCGAUUAAACAUGAGUGAUAGAACGAAAAAAAGGAGACGGUCUGACGAUUGACACUUUUAAAAAAUGAAAACAACGGGGAACGUUCGUCUCUUUUCUUUUUUUUUUUUUUUAAAUCGCUGUUGUUAACAGAACAGUUCGAUGAUAUAUGAAUGUAACUUGUAUCUUUUAAUUUAUUAUUAUAAUCGAUACUAUAUAUACAUAUAUAUUAUUAGAAUUAUUUCUGUUAUUGUUAAUCGUCGUGUAAGAAAUCAUUUCUCCCAUUAUUGUUAUCGCUCCCAAAGAUGUCCCAUUUAUUAAAGCUUUUCGCGCUGUUCUGUUAAUCGACCCUUUUAAUUUAAAGCGAUAUGUACCAGAGUGUGUUGGGUUCGUGGACUGAUUUGUUGUCGACCCUUUGCACGCGAAACUGCAUUUUUUACGCGGGUUAAGCAAAAAUGUAACUAUGUAAGCUUGUUUGACAAAUUUUACGCAAAGUUAAGUUUCCACGUACGAAUUUAUAUGUAUAAAUAUUCUCUUUGUGAUGGUUGAGCUAAAAGAAAAAGAGUUUUCGAAUGACUGAGCGUCCGUAACGCAUAGUGCUUUAACGAGAUACUGUUCUCUCGUAUUUUAAUGUCAUACCCUUCGUUCGACAGUAACAAUAAAAAGGGGAAAAUUAAAAAUAAAAAAGAAAAAAAAUAAAAGAAAGAACAAACGUAAGAAAGAGAGAAAGAGGCGCGAAAUGACCAAAUUGACAAAUUCUAUUAUAGAGAAUAGCGGAAAUAUUCGUUCUCAUCUAAAUUCGAAUUACGAGUGCAAAGGGAUUAAUGUUCUUCAGUGGAAUCUCGUGUCUUCGUAUCGAUCGAUGUAAUUGAGUUACAAGAUAUGUUAAUCAAUACGCUUCCCUUUUUUUAUAAAUUUUGUUGUUGCUCGCUGAUCCGUGUAUUUUUAUACGAGAUGCGAAGCGUGCCGUGCUUUAAUCAUAGCAAGAUGGAAGCUUGUUCGUUCGAUAAUUGUUCCAGAUGUGUGCGUUAAUUGUCCGAGCAAUCUGUCGCUUCUUACUUUUUUCUCUUUGUUUUUGAAUUUGAAUUAUUCUGUUUGAAUUUUUCUUCUGUAAGGAUAUUGUUAAUUCUUUUAUUUUACUAUCAUUUUUAAUUUUUUUCUUUUUUUGAAGUUUUACACAUUCGUCUCCACGCCAAUCGCUUGUCAGAUGUCACAGAAAGAUUGCACGUAGCUAGAGAUCUUUAAAUAUGUUAGACUUUAUUAGCGAUAUAUCGAUGUCGAAAGAAAUUAGAAUACUCGUUGAUAUUCGUGUUCAAUUUUACGUUAGAAGCUCUGGUACAUUUGAUGAAUUUGUUGUUUGUACUUUACCGGAGAAGAACAAUUUUUCUUUUAUAUACAUAUAUAUAUACAAACAAUUAAAGAACUAUCGUAUUAAAUUAAGUAUUCGAUAUACGCGUUCAUAUAUUUUCUCUCUUUUUUGUCGUGGACUGGUCCAUGGCUUCUAUAUAGCACUUCCUUUGUAUAUGCUUUAUUAUUAUUAUUAAUAUUAUUAUUAUUUAGUCGACAUGUAAUAUAUUAAUUUAUAAAUUCUUUAGUUCGAUCGUCGAUGUAAAGAAGAGACUAGCUUGAAGUGAAGACUACUGCAGGACCGACUGUUUCGUUAAAGAUAAACAAUUUUAUUUCACGAUUACCAUAGGAUAUUAUAUAAUUCGUUUAUCGAUAGAGAGUUUCAACGAGAAUAAUUUUUUUAUAUUUAUUUUUUUCCGUUUUUCUUUCGUACUAUAAUUUUUACAUUUUCAAGGAAUUAUCGUUCCAGCGUAAACGACGAUCUUCUUCUAUUACGAAUUAUUCAGAAUCUCAAUGCCCGCAUUUAUCUUCGAUCAGCGAUUUUUAUCUACUUAUUACUGCUAUAAUUUACUCGUGAGUUUACUAUUUACCAAGAUCUAUCAAUAAGCUGGAGAAUAUUCGUUCUAUAGACCGGAAGAGUAAAUGUGCGAGGAUUGUUUGAUCUUUCUAUUCCCCCCCCCCCCCCCCGAACCCACGAUCUCGGUUCUCUCUUCUCCCAGCAACGAGAAUAACCGAAACACCGGAAGAAUCAUCUUCUGUGACAGCAUUUAUAUUUCAUCCGGCAUCGCCAUCGCGAACCAAUGAAUUAGUACCAAGUCUGUAGACCGUCAUUUUAACACUAUACAUUUCGAUCUCUGCCCGAAUCAAACCACUUAACAUACGUAGCUCAGAGAAUUAUCCUGUUCUCAAUUUGUGAUCCUGAAGAUGCUCAAAACGAGAGAAGAAAGAAAGAAAAAAAAAAAGAGCCGCUGGCAAAGUUUGCGUACGAAUAACAAUGAAACCUUUUUUAAUCUAAUUAAUGUUAACAUUGCUGGUGUGCGUGUUCCAGGAUAGUCCCGAUAUUUUGCGUAUUUUUUUAUGCUACGAUGAUACAACAAGUAGUAUGAAAAUGGUUUUUCGCAAACCAAAUUGCAAACCAAGCGACGACCAAGCACACAUACUUUUACUCGAAGCCUUCGAGAUACUUAAACCAUAUUAGUUACAAUUUGUAUUCGAAUGUUUAUGAAAAAAAAAAAGAAAAAAAGAAAAACAAGAGAAAAAGGAAGGAAGAAAGAUUAAUACUUUAUAAGGAGGAAAUUUAAUAACUUCCGAGAGGACAAAGGAUUUUCUUUUUUUGAUAGAUGUUACGAUAAUAACGGCUAUGACAAGAGUGAAAGGAAAUUAUCGACGAGAGAAUGUUGCGUCGAUAGGAUGCGUUUGAGGGACGAGUCUCGGAAUUAUUCGAACAAUAAAAAGUUAGCGAUCGAGUAGCGGUGAUAAUAGUCGAAACAGUUGAUUAUAUUCCUCGUCGAAUCACUCUUUUUUGCUAGCAUUUCUCCUGUUCGAUGUACACGCGACUCGCGUGAUCAAACUUGUUAAAGCGUUCACGAACUAUUAAAAAAAGAAAAAAAAAAGCUAUACGAAGUAUAAACGUUUCUAUAGUGCGUGUCGAAAAAGACUGUAACAAUUUGCAUUUACAAGAAAUUGCAGAUUGUUCCAGUAGUAUCGUUCGUUAUAAUUUUCCAUUGUGUUUCUCAUUGAAUCUAGAUGAAUUUGUAAACGAGCAUUGAUCAUUCGGAGGGCUGUACCAAUUUCGAUUUUUCAACUUUUCAAUUUUUGUAUAUUUACGAUACUUUAGUUUAUUAACAGUUGAUUACUUGAAAAUGCAGCAUUACCAUUUGAUCAUUUAUUGAAGAUAAAUAUUAACGGAUAAUUGUCAAUAAUUACUAGAACAUCGGAUGGUCAAUGCUUGAUCCUCUCUGUUUUAUCGGUAAUCGUUAUUUAUUGGUUUUAGUUUUAAUUGAUUUAAAAAAAAAAGGAAAAAAAAAGAAGAAA